AUGAAGCGGGCCGCAGAAGCCGCGGAGGUACCGGAGCCACCGGCCAAAACUGCGAAGACUGCAGCUGAGAGAGCAGAGGGGCAGCAAGGUCUUGGACAACCUGCAGGUAUCUACCAUAUUCAUGACAAUGGUGGCCGGCCAUUCAAGGUCGAAGUGCAGUGGCCGGGUGCCAAGGCCCAGAUAAAGGUUUUCAAGAUGAAGGGUGAGGCGGAAGAGGAGGAAGAGGAGGAGGACGAGGAGAAGGACGAGGAGGACAAGGAGGAGGACGAGGAAAAGGACGACGACGAUAACGAAGACGAAGCUGGAUCGGGUGCGAAGGUCAGGGUUUUAACGGCCGGAGAUCUUGCACAGCAGUUGUUCGGGGACCCCACACAUCCCCUCAUGGUGCAGUUGGCCGGCGGCCCGCAAGGAGAUGGGGACGGCGAGGAGGAAGUCAAGGUACCCUACGAAGAAGAGCCCACCGUCUCCUUCUCCGCAGAUCGGGUCUUUGUGGGGCAGAGUCCAGAGCACAGCGUCGCCUUCGAUGGAAACUCCAUCUUGCUGCACUUGGAGGACUUGAAGUACGUGUUCAUUGGUGAGGAAGUGUUCUCCUUCGCCGCGAAGUCGCGUAUCACAAGGUUUGUCUCUCCCGUUGGCAACAGUGAUGUCCCUUACCCAUGGGCGAUGGACGAACAAGGGUUCUGCUACUUGAUGACUAGCUCAGUCAUUCUGAGCGGCAAGAAUCUCGGCGACAGCAACGCAGCUGAUUUCGACCCUUACGACAUCUUCUUUGAUCGGUCCCUCAUCACUGCGGACAUCGGUUGCGUGCCUCCCCAGCAACCGGUCACUCAGUUCCAAGGAAUCACCGAAUUCUGGAUCGGCGAGGACCAGUACACCCUCAGAUACGAGCCGCAGCCUGAAGAAGACUUCGAUCGACUCAGUCAGAUGGGGGAGCUCUCCGUGAAGAAAGGCGAUGCCAAGAUCAAGCUCUCUAAGGCCGACUUCGUCAAGUUGAAGCAGGACUUUGCGGCCGAGAUGGGCUUCGAAGCCCUCCACACCGAGACCGUGGUUGAGCGGCAGAUAUGA